UGAAUAUAUACAUACAGUCGGUUCCUCCCCAUUACGCUCUUUAAGAUCCUCAAGAUCCUCACAAUUGUAUUCCCUUUUAUAUUUCAAUAUACUUGUCGUCGCUCACCUCCUUCAUUACCAAAGACGACAUGCGGAAUAGCAUAUAACCUAAUCAUAACGCAAAGAACCCAUUUGGAACCGGACAUCGCCCCCGGAUCCCUUUUCCUUUGCAACUGUUCAUCAGCCCAGUUUUUGGUCCAUUGGAGUAGGAGCCAUUUAUAUCCAGGUCGUUUCCUUUUUUUUCUAUCUACAAUUUUUGCCAUGUUGGAUCAUAAUAGGGAGUUACCACCAUGUUUCCCGCCUACCAAACUUGCUUUCCAAAACAGUCCGCUUCACCAAUAUCCAUCUCAGGUCAACCCUUAUUCUGCAUUAUUUCCAUCUCACCAUACAUAUCCAACCCCUCCUCCUUCGCCACUAGCUUUUCCGAUGCCUCAGGAUCAUAGGUUAGGUACGAUACUAGGAGAGACACUAUUAUUAUCACGAGCUUUAGGCUCGGGAGCCUACGGGACUGUAUAUUAUGCCCAGGACUUAUCCACCGGAAAAGAGUAUGCCGUGAAAGCUCUCAACAAAAGAAAUGCCUAUGGACAACCUUUGGACGCAAAAGCACGACUUUAUCAGUCAAGAGAGAUAGCCUUACACUGGAAUGCUUCGGCGCAUCCUAAUGUUGUAUCGAUGUAUAAGAUUCUUGACGACCCGGACUGCACCUAUGUUAUCUUGGACUACUACCAGGAAGGAGAUCUUUUCUCUAAUAUUACUGAGGGUGGUAGAUAUGUAGGUCACGAUGCUCUAAUCCGGAGCAUCUUCCUCCAAAUCUUGGAUGCCACGGAACAUUGCCACCGUCUUGGAAUAUACCACAGGGAUCUCAAGCCAGAGAACAUUCUAGUAUCCAAUUCUGGUCGUACCGUUUGCCUAGCAGACUUUGGAUUAGCCACACAGGAACCCACAUCUCGUGAUCACGGAUGCGGAUCUACAUUUUACAUGUCUCCAGGUAGGCAUUUCUCAUCCCGAUUCCCAUCCGCAGUUCUCCCUUUACCUACUAACACGUUCCGUUGUCAGAGUGCCUAGAGCAAUCAUAUGCACCAUACAGAUGUGCACCAAAUGACGUCUGGUCUCUCGGGGUGAUCUUGGUCAAUCUCACAUUUGGAAGAAACCCUUGGAGACAAGCCUCAUGGGAUGAUGCCACAUAUAAUGCCUUUCUUAAGAACCCAGAUUUUCUGAAGACCAUUCUAAACCCAUCGGACGAACUUAACAUCAUCUUGCAAAUGAUUUUUCAGCCAGACCCAGAGCUCCGUAUUACUGUUCCGGAGCUGAGAUUGAUGAUACAACGAUUGCCAGGCUUUUACUCAUCUCCCUCUUCCCCAACAACAUACCGUACCAAAAUUACCAACAAUUUGUCAAACGACUCUGGCUACUCCACGUCGUCUCAAUACGUCGGAAGUCCAUUUCGAUCAUCAUCGUCGUCUCACGACUCGGCUAUUUAUAUUGAAGACGAUUACUCCAGCACGCACAAUGGAACCACCAAUUCAACUCAAUCAUUCCGUAACACUGGUCUUCCUGAUUUAAAAAGCCAUAAUAUGGAGGAUUGCAGUGGCCAUUUCCAAGGCCAUGUUUAUUCCAAUGGUAGCCCCAGGGAAAGUGUACUCCUACCUUCUCAGCACUUUACUUCAUACUCGACACGGCCUUCUCUAUCGCCACCAACUACUCCACCUCCAAACGUUGCGCAUUUUCCACGGAUUUCUUAAAUGGUUCAUCUGCAAUGUGCGAUAACUUAUCCGAGGAUGUUUUGUUUUAAAAGUUUUAUUUAAUUUUCUUACAUCGACUUCCUUACUAUCAGGAUCUCGAAAUACAUUGUAUAGUUUUCUUUAGUUUUGAACCGGUUGUUCAAAGAGGUGCAUAGGUCCGGAUAUUAGUCUUUAACGCAUGAUUAAAACGAAGAAAUGUUGGAAUUGGAUCUUGGUAUUUGGACGGGAGUUAAUCGGGCAUUCUAGGGUAGGACAGACAUGGGAGCGGCAGCGUGUUGCCGUACUGGGAGUUUCGGCGUGCUUUUUAUCACGAUACAUUUUCUGGAGUCACUGGAUUUUUCUUUUAAACUCUUUGGUACUUUCGCUCUAUACCCUUUGGGCAGGCUUUUAUCAAUGCAUAGGACGGUAGAAGGGUGGAAUUUUCAAGAUUACUUGGCAAGAGCAUCUAUGGCGAUAAAAAUAAAUACGUUAAGGCUGAGUUGUAGGCAAUCGGUCAAUUUUAAGGAAAAAUAAGGUGUUGGGCAAGGGAAAUAGGUAUAAUGUACAUGUACAUCGAAACAGCAUUCAAAGCAUAGGACGGAGUUCAUACCAGUAGUUAGAAUUCUACAGAAGUCUUCGAC